UGUUGAGGCAUUCGAAAAUCGCUCUUUGUACGUGAAAGGUGGAAUGAAUGCAGAAAGCGGACGUUGCACAAAACAUGUUUUCUUAAAUCUAAAUCUGAUAUUAAGUUUUUCGGGAUUAAAAAACUAUCGGUUUGGUGAAGAAGUGAAUUAAGUGUUCUUUGAAGUGGAGUAAACCGAUUGAAUUGGUAAAGUUUCACUAUAAUCGUGGUGUUAAUUUGAGAAAUCACAUUCUGAUUAAAAAAAAACUCCGUUUGCUUGCUCAUUCGUUCGCUCGCCCGCCUUUCGUCGCGUUGCGUUGUUUGUGAAACGAAAAAAAGGAGAACGAGCAAAGAAGAAAAUUGUAAUAAGUUGCAACUUCACUCCCUGCUGUUAACAACAAUUACGACAACGAUUUCCUUAACCAUAUUCUAAGUGUGAAAUAAAAUAUUUUGACUAUUUCCAAAUCGAAGGAAGGGUUUGUGUUUAAGCUUGUGCAUAGAACACAUUCUAAUUGUAUUGGAGACAAAAUUCCAUUUAAGAAGGUAGUUAGUUGAAACUCAAAAAAUGUUGAGUUAACCCACGAACGUACCAAGUGUAGAAACGAACGUACGAACAAACGAAUGGAAAACGAAAGCUGUAAAAAGUAGAAGAUGUAGUAGAGCAAAAGAAGAAGUGGUUAAAUUGGAUGCGAAAUAAAACGUAACUGGUAGACAACGAAAAAUAUAGUAUACGUACAUAAAACAGUGAGGAAACAUAUCAGUGAAGCUGAAGAAUAAUUUAAGACCAGAAUAGCAAAUUUGAAACAAGUUUGCAUUCGUUUAAUUACAAUACAAUUUGUGUGUUUUGUGAAAUAGCAGUGUGUAUUGGAAAAUCAACGAAAGUCACACAUCUCUGAAUCAUCCUAACAAAUAUAAAAAUAUAAAUAAAUAAGAAAUUUACAUUGUGCUCUCGCUGUGUUUAAUUCUUGGAAAUUAACUCCCUCAUAUAAAAAAAAAUAUAAAAAAAAUUUAAUUCAAAUACAUAUAAAAUAGUGUCGGGUCUGAAAUUGUUACUGCUGCAUCAAUUAGUUUUGCCUAAAAUCAACGAAAAUAAAAAAAUAUUACCAACUUGGAAUUAUAAAAAUUAUUUAGUGUACGCAUGCGCGCAGCGAAUAAAUGUUUCAAAAAUCUUGCUAAAAAGUGUAAAAUUUAAACGGAAUUUCUUAUAUUUGCAUAGCAAUUUUUCGUAUUUACUGUGAAGUUUCACUUCGCUGUGAUUUAAAAAAUAGAUUAAAAAUUUUGUAAUUUUAACAUUGAACGACAAGUAAACAAAAUGUUUACGGAAGGUAUUUUCCCAAUUGGUGAUGGCCUCUUGGACAUCAAUGAGGAUCGGCUAAAAGAGCUGCUGGUUGCGGACGAUAUUAAUGAAAUAUACGAAUUGGAACAAACACCAUUUGCCAGAGGCAAAUUCGCUGCUGUGCGUCGCGCCAUACAUAAAAAUUCCGGUACACAUUUUGCUGCCAAAUUUCUGAAACGACGCCGACGCGCUCAAUCCUCAGAUAAGGAGAUCAAACACGAGAUCGCUGUGCUAAUGCUAUGCGAUGGCGCCGACAAUAUUGUCAAAUUGAAUGCCGUGCACGAGUCACGCUCCGACACAGCGUUGCUGCUGGAACUGGCAACCGGUGGUGAGCUACAGACAUUUCUAGACAAUGAGGAAUGCCUCAGUGAGGCACAUGCGCGCUAUUGCAUGCGCGAGGUACUUAAGGCAUUGCAAUAUCUGCACAAACGUUCCAUAGCACAUCUGGACUUGAAGCCGCAGAAUAUAUUGCUCACUGGUGAGCGCAUUGAAGACGGUUUGAAGCUGUGCGAUUUUGGCAUCUCACGCGUGGUUGCCGAGGGCACCAAUGUGCGUGAGAUUGUUGGCACACCGGAUUAUGUCGCACCCGAGGUGCUGCAAUACGAACCGCUCUCAUUAUUGACGGACAUUUGGUCGGUGGGCGUGCUGGCCUAUGUGCUACUGUCCGGCUUUUCGCCUUUCGGCGGCGAAACCAAACAGGAAACGUUCCUCAACAUUUCGCAGUGUGCGCUGACAUUUCCGGACAAGCUGUUUGGCGGAGUGUCCGCUGCGGCCAUUGAUUUCAUACGUCGCGCAUUGCGAAUAAAGCCAAAUGAUCGCAUGACCGCUGCAGGAUGUCUCGAGCACAUUUGGUUAAAAGACGAAUGCUCCAUCGAUAGACAAAUCCUCACCGAUAUCACCAAAUCAACGACAGUCGACUCAGCCGCAGCUGCAGACGAUGAGGAUGAUGAUGAUGAAGAAGAUGUAGAUGUAGAUGAAGAUGAAGACGACGACGACGAGGCGGAAGAAGAGGACGAUGAGGUAGAAGCGAAUGAAGCUGAAUUGGAAAACGAAAUGUCACAUGAUGACGGCGAUGAGGACGAGCUCAAUAUUAGUAUUGACACAGAACAACAAUUGAAUGGAACAAAUGGCAGCAAAAUGGAAUCAUCGGAUGCCGAAGAAUUGGCGGAGGAGAGCGCAACCAAGAAACAGCCGGUUAUCACCAACGGCAAGACAGCAUACAAUAAGAGCAACAGCAAUGGUUACAGCAACUAUAAUGGACGCAGCGCUAGCAACAGCAAUUACAGCAACAACACUGCACGUCAUAACGGCACACAUACUACGUAUACGAAUGGCGCUGGCAGCGCUGCGCGUUACACGAACGGCGUUAAAGCGAGCGCAACAACACCAACAACAACGACGACGCAGCGCACAACCGCCGUGGUGACGGUGCCGGCUGUGCGUGCCACCACCAUACCGCUACAAUACAACGGUGGCUAUCGCCAGCAACAACAACAACAGCAGCAACUGCAACGGCAACAACAACUGCAGGUGCUUGCGCGUCGCCAUUCAUCCUCAGACUCCAACAAGGAGAACACCUUUCUGGCUACGAAGAAAAUAGCGCCGUCAACAGCCAACGUUGGCAGCGUUGUGAAGAAGCCACUGACGGCUACAGCAACCACGACCAUUGUGAUUGCCGGCAGCGAAAUGGGUGAUACGACGACGGCAACGGGUGUUGCAACCGCUAAUGUGGUUGCCACAUUUACGCUGCCCAGCGGCUACAAUCACAAUCACAGUAAUCACAGCAACAACAGCAGCAUGAAUGGUAGUAACAGCAAUCACAGCAACAACAAUGCGAAUCACGAUAAGUAUAUAACAACAACAACGCACUGCCUCUUUCCCGACGCACCCACAACACCGAAAGUUAUACGCAAAACCCCAAACACCGAAGCCUCACCGACCUCGGUCAAGGCACUGGUGAAGAAGUUUCAAUUGGAAGGCGGCAACACCAGCCCCACAGCCUUCGAAAAGCACGCCACCACACAUCUGAAAGAGGCACAAGCAACUAAUCAGCAAACAUUACAUGCAACAACAACAACAACACAAAUGAAUGGCGUUAACGCUGGCAGCAACAGCAGCAGCAAGAAGUCGCCAAUCACUAACGGUAUUGCCAAGAAAUUCGAUACGGCACGCAAGUAUGGCGGCGAACAACACAAUGGCACAGCGGGCAGUGGCAGCCUCAGCAACGGCCGACGCGCCUCCGAGCCGGCGACAGUCACACAUGUCACGACGCAUAUAGCACACAAUCGCAGCGGCAGCGGUGGCAUCGGCGUUGGCAGCGCCGCCGCAACCAGCUAUAAAACGACUUGCGUACUCUGCAUCGGUGGUGGUGGCGGCAAGGCGGCGUCGUCGUCGUCGAAUGGCACCAGCAGCAAUGGUUGCAGACACUCAACGGACGCCGCCGGCAGGUACAACAAAACGUCAAGCAUUAGCAACAAUAAUGGCACAGCGGCCACCAAGUGUUGUAGCAGCAAAAUGGCCAACAGCAAUGCUAAUGCCACCAACACUGCCACCGUGACCGCCACCGCCAUUGUGAAUGGCAGCAGCAAUGGCAGCACUGCAGCCACCACCACAACGGCACUACUGCUGGGCAGCAGUCAUCAUCAGCAGCAGCAGCAACAACAACAACAGCAGCAGCUCCAUCAGCAUCACAUGAACGGCGUGCAUCAUCAUGCACAUCACCAUCAUCACCAUCACCACCAUCACAUGCAUGCGGCGACAAAGGCGGCCACCGCCAACAAUUUAAGCUUAGAUCAGGGUAUUAUUUGUUAGCUAAAGGCCAAUCGGGCGCGUAGAAAUGCCAGAAAUUUCUUUAAUCGAUUUCUUUGCUGCAUGUAGUAUUGCGUUGAUGCUUUGUAAGCGGUCGGUGGCGCCUAAGCAAUCAGCUGUUUGCCUCUGAAAGCCGCUUACGGGCAGGCAACAUGCAGUUGCGGUCGGUGUGGGUUUUAAAGGACGUGUGGCGGUGCGCAAUGUCUGUUUUUGCUCUUUGUUACUCUUAAUAUUAAAACUGCUGGUUAAAGUGAAUCUUAAAAGUGAUCAAAAAUAUAUAUACAUAUAUAUUAAGUAACUUAUAUAUAUAUGCAUAUGUCCUGUAAAUUGUUGUGAAAUAUGCGCACCUCGCUUGUCCUAAACACACAUACACACCGCUUUUGUAUGCGCCAUUAGCCUCAUUGCGCAAUACGCGCAUGCGCAUAACUGUUCAAUUUAGUUUAGUGUUACAACUUUACAGCUAAUUAAUUUUUAAACUAAAUACAAGCGCUAGCUGCGUAUUAAAACGCCCUAGUAGCCUAAAAUUGCUAAGUUUAUAUGGAAUUAGUUCAAUGGUGGUUGGCAUGCUAGCAUUGCACAAGACUUUCUCUGUAUGUUGCCGUACAAUUAUGUCAAAUCCAAUUUAAUAUUAGGAAAAAAUUAAAUUAAAGCUUAAAUGUUUUAAAAUUAUUAUAAUUUUUGAACUUUAUUUUUUUGAUUUUUUUUUGAUAUUUUUUAUUGUUUUAUGAAAGUUUCUAGUUAUAUAAGGCCAGUUAAGAACCCUAUCAAAAUGUAAAAAAACGAAAAAAAUCAAUAGUUGUUUGUAUGCCAUUGAAAAAGCCAGAUAAAAUAACAAAAAUGAAAGCAAUAAUAAAUUGCGUGCAAACUGCGGUCAUAAGGCGAUGCUCGCGGUUGAAUUUUUAAGUUUCAAAAACGCGUUAUCUUGAUUUUUCGGCAAAACUACGCGUGCUAUAGAAAAAAGUUGUAUGGCAAAGUUGUAGAUAAAGCAAAGAUACAAAACUUUUGUAUGUAAACCUUUUACGCAUAACCUCAAAAUUUGUGUAAAAAUUUCAAUUAAAACAAUUUGGUCAUCUAAAAAUGUAACUAUGAGUCUUAGAAAAAAAUUGUUAUAUGGCAAAGUUAUAUGUAAUGAAAAAAUCUACAACUUUUGUUUGUGAAAAUUUUCCGCAUAACCUCAAAUAUUAUGUGAAAAUUGCAAAUAACAAAGUUUGGUCACCUUAAAAUAUGAAAAUCAUAAGUGGGGAUAAUGUUUGUAUUUUUUUUAUAAUAGAGUCUGCGCUAUUUUCAUUACGUGAAGAAACAAAACUAAAUUUAAAAAAUACUUUUUGAAAAAAAAAAAUUUUUUUUCUGGCAAAAGAAGUUUCUUCACGAAAUUUGGUGACCCAAAGUACUAAAAUUUUUUGUAUUUGAAAUAUAUAUUUUUUCACCGUUAUUUGGACUUAAUAACAAAAAAGCCUACAAUUUUAAAACAAAAAUUAUGUUUUGUUGUUGUUGCGGCGACAAAUUACUGCCGAGUUGACAGUCCUUGAGCGGAUAAAAAUCCAAAUUCGCUCCGAUUACGUAGACCCGACUGUCGUCGGAACGAAAAUUCGAAAAUUUUGACUACAUAUGCUCUGCCCGUGAUGAGAUCGCCUGUAAUAAUUCUUUUAUUUUUAAUUUUUUUGUUAUUUUAUCUGACUUUUCCAAUGUGUUUUGUGCUACCAUGAUCUUUUUGUGCUUUAAAAAAAUGAUCUACCCAGUUCUAAAUGUAAUUUUUUUCAAAUUCAUACUACUUAUUUUCGAAAAUUCAACUUUACCCCGAAGCCAGCAAGCCUUCGUCGCUGAAAAACUUAAUUGAAACACCCUCACACACCGUUCAGCUAAUUCGCUUAAAUAAUUUAUUUAGUUUAUUUACUCGCUUAUGUUUACAGUUUUUUUACAAUUACUAGUAUUUAGCGCUAAGUUGGUUUAUUUUUGUGAAACCUUUAUUUUUUAUAUGAAACUAUAUUAAAAUGCCUACGUUUAAUUUGCUAGAAUAAAAAAUUAUGCGUUGCCCCAAAAUGAAGAAAUCCAGAAAUCGAAAGGAAAUUGAGGGCAUAUACAUAUAUAACAUUUAGUAAUGCCUCAACUUACUAGUUUUUUAUAUAAAUAAAUAAAAUUUAGUUGAAAUGGCAUCAUAGACUAAACAAUUUCGCGCUGUCGCUGCCGCUGCCGCCGCUGCUGCUGCUGCUGAUCUUAAAUAAGUCUUAGUGAAUUAGUUAAUAUAAAAGUGUAUAGUUAUAUUGGCUGUUAGGGCUUCAAAUUGUUGGUGUCGCCGCCGUUGGCUGUCGUAUGUUUUCUACACUGCAAAAAAUUGCGUUCUACUUGUUUAACUCUAUUAUGUAUUUUUUAUUUUUUGCAUUCUUCGUUUGCUUUGUACCAUUUAAGUUUCUCACUUGCUUACGUUUCUUUUUUAUUAUAUAUUUAAAUAUUUAAUGCUAUAUCUAUAAUAUAUAUACUUAAUUUUUCUUUCUGUGUAGUUGAAGGAAAUCGUUACAUUUGCAACUAAGAAAAUUUAAUAUGAAUUGCUAUACAUACAAACAAACAUACACACAUACACACGUACAUACAUGCAUACAUGCAUACAUAUUAUAUGCCUACCUUUAUUUUUAGUUGAACCAAGCGGCAUUUAAAUAAAUAAAUAAAUAUUUACGUACGUGAAACGCAUAAUCACCGUUAUGCCGUUCGUAGACAAACUAGUUACUAAUUAAUUGCGUUAUGAUAAUUGAUAAUAUAACUGAAAUUUAAUUUAAAUGAAUAAUAAUUAUAAUAAUGCUGUGUGGUUACUUUUUGUCAAACACAAAACUUAAACGAAUAAAAUAAAUCCAUUAUAUUUGGUAAUACAUUAUAUAAA